CACGCACAUACAAAAGAACCGCAUCAACACAAAAUGUCAUCAACCAUUGUUAAAAUUUUCUUUCCACUUGCCUUAUUUUCUUCACUUUUCUCAAUAUCUUCUUCUUCUUCAUCUAUAGACUUUUGGUGCAACCAAACUCCAUAUCCUGAGCCAUGCAAAUACCACAUGAUGAGCCACAGCCACCACAAAUUUGAACCAAGACAUCGAUCCGAGUUUAGGAAAAUGCUGGUUCAAUCAGCCAUGGAACAAGCUCAAGUCAUGCGCGAGCGAGCACAAAAUUAUGGCCCAAAUUUUGUAACCACAACACAGAGAUUUGUGUUCAAUGAUUGUUUAAAGCUCAACGACAACACCAUCUUCCAUCUAAACCAAACCCUUCUAGCCCUGCACACUAGUAAUUCUUGCUCAUCCUUAUUAGAUGCACAAACAUGGCUCAGUACUGCACUUACAAACAUCGAAACCUGCCGGAGCAGCACGUUGCAGCUAAGAGUCAGAGAGUUCACAGCUCAAAACAAUGUGAGUGACAAUGUUAGGAGGAUGAUAAGCAAUGUGUUAGCAGUUAAUAAUGGUGAUAUUGUGAUGAUGAAGCAACAGAAUAAUAACACAGAGAAGAAAACAUGUGGGUUUCCAAGUUGGUUUUCUAGGUGUAACAGAAGGUUAUUGAUAAGCUUGAAGCCAUCAUCUUUGAAGGCUAAUAUUGUGGUGGCUCAAGAUGGUACGGGCCAUUUUAAGACAGUUCAAGCCGCCAUUGAUGAAGCAUCAAGGAGAACAGUGAAGACGAGGUUUGUGAUACGUGUGAAGAGAGGGAUUUAUGAAGAGAAUAUUGAAGUUGAUAAGGAUAAUGAAAAUCUCAUGAUUGUUGGAGAUGGAAUGAAUGUUACCAUUAUAACUAAUAAUAGAAGCGUUAAAGAUGGUAUUACCCCUUCUAUGUCUGCAACAGCAGGAAUAGAUGGUGCGCAUUUCAUUGCACAAGAUAUUACUUUUAGAAACACUGCUGGUCCUGAGAAAGGCCAAGCCGUGGCACUCCGAUCAGCCUCCGAUCUCUCAGUCUUCUACAGGUGCUCCAUCGAAGGCUAUCAAGACACACUAAUGGCUCAUGCACAGCGCCAAUUCUACAGAGACUGUCGAAUUUUCGGCACUGUGGAUUUCAUUUGGGGCAAUGCUGCAGCUGUUUUUCAAAACUGCAUCAUUCUCGUCAGAAGGCCACUUCAAGGGCAAGCAAACAUGAUUACGGCUCAAGGACGAGGCGACCCGUUUCAAAACACCGGAAUAUCAAUCAUCAAUUCUCAGAUUCGAGCCGCACCGGAUCUCAGACCGGUUGUAGACUCGUAUCAAACCUAUUUGGGUAGGCCAUGGCAGCAAUAUGCUAGAGUGGUGGUGAUGAAAAGUUACAUUGAAGGUUUGGUGAAUCCAUUGGGUUGGUCUCCGUGGGGAGAUAGUGAUUUUGGUCAAGACACGUGUUAUUUUGGGGAAUAUAUGAACAAUGGGGCUGGUUCAUCAACACAAAGUAGGGUUCAAUGGCCUGGGUUUCAUGUGAUGACAAGCCAAAAUGAGGCACAACAAUUUACUGUUGCUGGACUUCUUGCUGGUAACAUAUGGUUGCCUCAAGCUGGUGUGCCUUUUGAUAUUGGUAUUUAAAUAACUUUGUUGUUUAUUUAUAUGGAAUUGAUUUGUAUUGUUAUUUGUCUAUAAUCAUGCAUGUAAGAGAUCAAUUAUUUGGUUCUUCAUUGCACAAUCCCUUUGUACCUUAUUAUAUGUACAACCGUUCGCUAUGUUCCU